AUGGAAGAGAUUAUUGAUGCAUUGCGCAAAAGUGUUGGUAUAAUAAUCGAAUGGCAAUUCACAUUAGAUUCAUUGGCUAUUGCUGCAAGUGGAUAUCAGAGAGACCUUCGACAAAUUGCAAAUAUGUUAAAAGCUAUUGCUUUCAUUCUGAUAGUGAUCAUAUUACCCAUUGUCCUGCUUCGUUUUCUGCGUGCGGACCUUCAGCAGACGAUGAUUAACGCCAAAAACCAGCAGUCCAAAGGUAGCGAAACAGAAAAUGCAGGUGUAGGUGGAAAGGCUGCGGAAGUAGACAUUGGUAGCAGUAGCGGGGAUAAUAUUGAGAGGAAACAAAAGAAAGACACUGGUAGUGAUACUAAUAACGUUAAAAGCGACUAUAGCGAGGGUAGUGAAAAGUCUUAUGUUCACACACGUGAAGACGAGACAGAGGAAGAAGUCUUGGAGAACGAACUAGAGGAUGAUAGUGAAUUUAUGGAGGUUUAUAUACAUCGGCGUAAAGGAUCAUCGAAGGCAAAAGCGCGCACUUUUAAUCCGGUGAGCUCAGCCGCUGCUUCUAAUCGUUCAUCACCAAAAUCCGCUGAUGAACCACUCACAAGGACGCAAAAGAAAAAUAUUGCAAAAGCCGCCAAACUUAAAGAGGAAGCCAAGAUUAGAGCUGAGACGCAGGAGGCAAGAUUAUUACAGCAUAAAAAAGAACUAGAGAGGGAACGAAUUAAGGAGUUUGUCAAACAGAAUCCACCUAAUAAGCAGACGAAUAAUAAGAAGACUGGACCAACAGCUAGCCUAGAUGAAGGAGGACAUUUGCGUAGAGAUAAAGAUGACGUUGAAAUGCCAGACGCAGAUUUUGGAGAUGAAGAGCAAGAGAGAGAAGUAUUAAAUUUCGGCAACACUAUUAUGGUGACUCCGGGACAACUGAUAACUAGUGACCCACAAUAUAUGAAAGGACAUGGGACAUAUCCUCUCCCGCAAGACUUGAUGUUAUCCUCGGUUGCAGGAAUUAUAGAACGCGUGAAUAAGUUGGUUUCGGUGCGACCUUUACACACAAGAUAUACUGGUGAUAUAGGCGACUUAGUUAUUGGGAGGAUAACGGAGGUAACCCAAAAAAGAUGGAAAGUAGACAUAAACUCGCGGCAAGAUGGUGUUCUACAGCUAUCAUCAAUCAAUCUGCCGGGAGGAGUGCAACGGCGUAAAACAGAAGAAGAUGAGUUGCAGAUGCGUAAAUUUUUUAUAGAGGGAGAUUUGCUUGUGGCUGAAAUACACGCGUUCUUCCAAGAUGGAGCCGCAAACUUACAUACGAGAAGCUCAAAAUAUGGAAAGCUACGAAAUGGCUCAUUUAUCAAUGUCCCACCAUCACUAGUACAACGUUGCAAAACUCAUUUCCAUACGCUACCUUGUGGGAUUGACGUGAUUCUGGGAUUGAAUGGGUAUAUUUGGGUGUGCAAACAUUCAGCACACAAUCCCAAUGAUAGUGGUGGUUCCAGGAUUAAUACCCAUAGUAGUAUGAUUAUUAAUAAUAUUAGUAAUAACGUUGAUGUGGAUGCGAUUUAUUCUAGUCAAAAUGAGCCAAUCGAUGAUUCUACACGUGAGAAAAUCGCACGGGUUUGCAAUUGUAUAAAUGUUCUAAGUCAAAAAUUCAUUUAUAUCAAUGAUACCGCAAUUGCUGAUGCAUAUGACGCGUCCUUGAAGUUUCAUGUGAGAGAGUUGAGACACUUGAAUGUAAUUGAUGAGAUUGCGUCGAUCGUGGUUGCGAAGGUUACUUCCUUGAAAACUGGACUUUUUCAAUAA